CUGUAUCCGUGCGCGGUGCAGAUAAAGGCGCCAUUUUGGAGGGGCCGCGGGAGACGUGGUGUCGCUGUGGGCUCGCUCUGCCGUGCGCUAGGCUUGGUGGGAAGGCCUGUUCUCGAGUCCGCGCUUUUCGUCGCCGCCAUGUCGGGAGGUGGUGUUAUUCGUGGCCCAGCAGGGAACAACGAUUGCCGUAUCUACGUGGGCAACUUACCUCCAGACAUCCGAACCAAGGACAUUGAGGACGUGUUUUACAAAUACGGUGCUAUCCGUGACAUCGACCUCAAGAAUCGCCGCGGAGGACCGCCCUUCGCCUUCGUGGAAUUCGAGGAUCCGAGAGACGCGGAAGACGCGGUGUACGGUCGCGACGGCUAUGAUUACGAUGGAUACCGCUUGCGGGUGGAGUUUCCUCGAAGCGGCCGCGGAACCGGCCGAGGCGGCGGCGGGGGUGGAGGUGGUGGAGCUCCCCGAGGCCGCUAUGGCCCCCCGUCCCGGCGCUCUGAAAACAGAGUGGUUGUCUCUGGACUGCCUCCAAGUGGAAGUUGGCAGGAUUUGAAGGAUCACAUGCGUGAAGCAGGUGAUGUAUGUUAUGCUGAUGUUUACCGAGAUGGCACUGGUGUCGUGGAGUUUGUACGGAAAGAAGAUAUGACCUAUGCAGUUCGAAAACUGGAUAACACUAAGUUUAGAUCUCAUGAGGGAGAAACUGCCUACAUCCGGGUUAAAGUUGAUGGGCCCAGAAGUCCAAGUUAUGGAAGAUCUCGAUCUCGAAGCCGUAGUCGUAGCAGAAGCCGUAGCAGAAGCAACAGCAGGAGUCGCAGUUAUUCCCCAAGGAGAAGCAGAGGAUCACCACGCUAUUCUCCCCGUCAUAGCAGAUCUCGCUCUCGUACAUAAGAUGAUUGGUGACACUUUUUGUAGAACCCAUGUUGUAUACAGUUUUCCUUUACUCAGUACAAUCUUUUCAUUUUUUAAUUCAAACUGUUUUGUUCAGAAUGGGCUAAAGUGUUGAAUUGCAUUCUUGUGUAAUAUCCCCUUGCUCCUAACAUCCACACAUUAUCCUCAUGUCUGAUAAAUUGUAUUUUAAGUGAUGUCAUAGACAGGAUUGUUUAAAUUUAGUUAACUCUUCCAUGCUCUUCAGACUGUGAUACUGUGUAAAUGUCUUUUCUGCUCUGGUUUGUGUGAACUGGGAUGUUGGGGGGUGUUGGUGGUUAUCUUAUCUGGGGAAGUUCUUAUGUUUAUCUUGCUUUUCAUGUGUCUUUCUGUAGACAUGUCUGAAGAGAUGGAUUAAGAAUGCUUUGGAUUAAGGAUUGUGGAGCACAUUUCAAUCAUUUUAGGAUUGUCAAAAGGAGGAUUGAGGAGGAUCAGAUCAAUAAUGGAGGCAAUGGUAUGACUCCAAGUGCUAUUGUCACAGAUGAAAUUGGCAGUAUUGACCUUAUACUAAAAGGCAAGGGUUAAAAAUAACUACAUUUACCUUAAAACAAUCUUUGCCAUUAUCUUUACUACAAUUGCUUUCCUCUUUAAGCCUUGGCAAUUGUGGCAAAAUUACUUUGCCCAUUUUAUAACAGUUUAUUUUGCUUCCUUCCCCCUUUUUUGUUUUAAUAGGGACUAAUGUGGGAAGAACUGGCUAAUUUGUCACAGUGCUUAGUUACAACUGUUAAUGUGUGACCUGCUGUUGGUGUACAUGUGGGUACAGGGUGUCUUUAAUUCCAACCAGAUAGAGUAUAAUAUCAAUACUGCUAAAUCUGCAUGUCCUCUGUGUGACUGAUAUAGCAUUGCUAUUUCAUUUUUUUAAGACAAAAUGAAAGCAAAAUAUAGAAUUCCAAAGUACUGUGUAGAUAACCUAGUUGGGAAUACUUUUAAGUCUCACCUUCCUUAUAAUAUUCAUAAUUGACUCAUGUUUAAAACACUCGUAAUUUACAAAUUAAAUUGCAGAUGGGAGCAUUAGAUCUAGUUUAGAUAUAGGUGGGUAGCAGUACCAGUAAUCUUUUCAAUUACAUAACUUUUUGCAACCACAAAACCUGUAAUACGCUGUACAGUAACAAGUGUUGGCAUUAUCAGUUGAACUGUAAAUAUAAAAUGCUUCUUCCAAUUAGUCUCUAUGAUGAUUUAAGUUUCUAAAAUUAAUCUGAACACCAGAAACUUGUUUUGGGGAAUUUGAUAGUUAUUGAUGUACAUCUGUUAAACAGAUGACAGACAUAACUGAUCAUUCCCCAGAAACCUUUUUUGAUUACAGUAUCUAACAUUUUGCCUCCUCUUUUUUGGUUUUGCUGGUUAUAAAGGUUUGGAUUGGAGAGGGCUCACUGGAUCCCAAUCCUUGGAGCUGGAUCAUUGGAUUCAAAUCAUAAUGUGGAUAGGAUAGGGAGGAUGAAUUACAAGGAUUCAUGGAGCGGGAUCAGAUUACCAGGAACAUAGGAGUGGAUUCCUGCCCCAACCAAACCGCAUUCGUGUGGAUUUUUUUAUCAACUUAAUUGGCUAUUCCAAAGAUUUUUUUUUUUCCUAUUUUUGACGAUUGGAGCCCUUAAGAUGCACGAUGGAAUUGUGUUUUGCAUUUUUUGGUAAAAGGAGCAAAGCGAGGACCUGGAGAUAAUACGCUGGAGCAAUCUCCUUGGAAGGAUUCAGCACGAGUAGAUGGUAAACAUUUAAAGGGGUAAGGGGGGGGGUUUGUUUAAAGUAGUAAUCAGUAAGUCACUUCUAAAUUUAAAACUAUUGGAGUUGAAGAAUAAGUAGGUUUCCAAUUGGCUAUUGCCGUUUUUCUUUGAAAAAAAAAAUAAACAUUUUUUAAAAAACUAUGCAUGGUUGUCCUUUUUCCUUUUCAUACCAGAUUUUUUAAUUGACUAGGCUUACCAGUUUUUACAAUUAAAAUAAAAUUGUUUGUAUUUAGUUUAUUAAAGAUAUUUGAAUCUUGGUGAAUUAUACUAGUUGCCUGUUAAAACUUGUAAAAGUCUGGGAGAGGUCAAAGGUGAGAAUAGUGCAAUUGGCAGUACGGCAAGUGGGGUUGGGGUCUAGUAGCAAAAAGAGAAGCUUUCCCAUACUUAGGCCAAAAAUGAUUAAGAGUUUUAGAUGAUGCUUAUUGGACUUAAUCAGGCUUUAAUGCCAAAUUGCAUGGUGACUAGUUAAUGUUGACUUGGAGUUUUUUAUUCUCAGUCAUACAAAAUUGUAUGUUAAAUUCAGACUAGCAUACUCCUAAUGAGUGAAGUUGUGAAUAAUUGCUGAUAAAAAGCUGGGAAUUCUUCAGAUUUUUUACCCUAUUCUCAGCCAAAGUUCUCUUCAAAAAAUAUCAGAUGGUUGUAUCUUGCAGUAUCUUUUUUUUUUUUUAAUUUCUUUAGUGGGGAAUUAAUGUUUUACAUUCGGCAGUAAAUAUAAUAGUUUGUACAUGCAUAAUAUUCCCAGUUUUCCAUAUAACAAUACAACCCCCACUAGGUCCUCUGUCAUCCUUUUUGGACCUGUAUUCUUCCCCCCCCCCCCUCAGUUUUUUAUCUUUUGCUUGGUGUACCUUUGGUGCAAAUAUUUCAGUGUGCUUUGAGUUGGGGAAGUUUUUUUUUUUUAAAGAUUUUAUUUAUUUAUGAGAAAGAUAGGAGGAGAGAGAACCAGACAUCACUCUGGCGCAUGUGCUGCCGGGGAUCGAACUUGGGGCCUCAUGCUUGAGAGACCAAAGCUUUUAUCUCUCACUGUACCACCUCCCGGACCACGUGAAGUUUUUAUUUUAAAGCUGGUCUUUUGAAAUUACUGGUGACUGUCAGCUGUCAAACCACUCUACUCCACCCAAAAGGAAUAAAACAAGGGUAUUGAGGUGAUAAAAACUUAAAAAUUUGUAAUCUUAGUGGAGGGAGUGGACCUCUAGAGAUUUGCAUACGGUCACCCAACCUGCACAUUUAAAUGAACCCUGUUGAAUGUCUGAAGAAAAGGACUAUUAAGUUCAAAGCACAGCAUUCCACUUAAAGCAUUUGGUAUAAAUUAAGAUUAAUAUUCCCCCUUUUGUUGCCCUUGUUUUAUUUUAGUUAUUAUUGAUGUCAUCAUUAUUGGAUAGGACAGAAAUGGAGAGAGGUGGGGAAGAGAAAGAUAGACAUCUGCAUACCACCUGUGAAGCGACUCCCCUGCAGGUGGGGAACAGGCUUCAACCGGGAUCCUUACACCGGUCCUUGCACUUUGUGCCAUGUGUGCUUAACCCGCUGUGCUACAGCCCAACUCCCAUAGGCUAUAUAUAUAUAUAUAUAUAUAGCUCUGGCUUGUGCAGGGGAUUGAACCUGGGACUUUGGAGUCUCAGGCAUGAGAAUCUCUGCAUAACCAUUAUGCUAGCUACCCUCACCCUAUCCUAUACAAGGAUUUCUAAAAACAUACUUGGACUUAUUGGAUAUUUUAAAAAUAAUUUUGAAAAGGGCAGUGUAAGCUAUAUUUAGGCAAACCUGGAUUCAUUAUGUUGAAAGUUUUAGGAACGUGAUAAAAAUGAAAAAUUGCCUUUAAAGUAUGUAUUUAGUCUAAAUUGGAAGUUGUGUUUACAAUGAAAGUUUUAGUAGUUCUGAAUUCAGACUAAAGAGAAUAUUCAUGCCUGGUAGAUAAAUGAUCUGAGUGUGUAUCAUCCAUAAAAGUAGGACAGUAGGUUAAAAUGGAAAAUAGCCUGCUUUUAAUUUUUUAGGAACUGGACCAUAAACCUACCUAUAUUGGUAGUAAAAAAAAAAUUGCAACUGAAAAAAGUGUCUAGGUGCCCCUCCCCUUCUGAUUUUUAUCUACUUAGAAUAUUGUAGGGAUCCUAUGAUUAGUUUUAUUUUCUGACCAAGGAAGCAAUUUUCUUUAACAUCAGACAGAAUAACUCACCUUGCUCUCUUCAGUCUACUUUCUUCUGGAUAAAAGGUAAGCUCAUUUUCUGAUUCCUAAUUGUUUGGGAUCUGAGUUGUAUUUUAAAACUGGUUUUGUUUUGGACAGAUCUUCCUUUUAUGUUCCUUUCCUAAGUUUUAUAUUUUAAAUAUCCACCUACUGGACUACAGUAUAAUUUCUUUUUCAGUUAUGUCUUUGAGGCGGAUUUGCUUGUUAGGGCUGGUAUUUGCAGGUUUCUGUGGAGAUGAAUUUCUUUGUAUCUUUUGCUUUGUAUAUGAAGUUGUAAUGAAAAAAAGAUGUAUGUAUUUACCAUAAAUGGUAUUAAAAGAAAUUUUUAUAUGUAGACUGAAAUUCUCUUAACUUACUUGAUCACAGAUUAAAGAAUACAGAAGCAGAAAAAAAAAAAUUCACGAUCUCUUAUCCAGAAAAUUUCAAAACCAAAUUUUGUGUUAAUUAAAUGUGAAAUCUGACCAGA